GCCGCCAGUGAAGGAAGGAAACUCCAUAAACUGAACUACGCUGCAGAUUCCUCUACGAGGAAUGGAGCGCCUCUUAGUAGUGAAAGAUCUCGGAAAAUGAGCCUCCGCUGGCGGAUGCCGCGACUGUCCUUGCGUGUUGAAGCUCAUGGGAAACGUAGUCCUAAGGGAGGGGGCGGUGUCUUCGGAGCAGGGGUGUGAUUGGCCAGAACUGUGUCGCCAAGGCAACGCGAGGGAAGGGUGAGGCGGGGCGUCCUGCGAGAGGUGGGAGAGGAGCGGAGGUGCCAUUGACCGGAAGUGGCCUGCGGGCGCGGUAGCUGAGGUUCCCCUUGGUGGCUCCAAGAAGACUCCUGACACAAAAAUGCCAUCCUCACUGGACUCCCCACUCCUGCCCUCCAUGGACCCUGAGGCCACCUUAGAGGACCCUGAGGCAGCGCGCCUGCGCUUCCGGCGGUUCUGCUACCAGGAGGUGGCCAGUCCCCAAGAAGCUCUGUCCCGGCUUCAAGAGCUCUGCCGCCAGUGGCUGCGGCCAGAGGUGCACUCCAAGGAGCAGAUGCUGGAGCUACUGGUACUGGAACAGUUUCUGGGCUCACUGCCUGCUGAGAUCCAGGCCUGGGUACGAGUCCAGAGACCAGGUAGCCCUGAGGAGGCUUUGGCCCUGGUCGAGGGCUUGCAGCAUGAUCCUGGGCAACUACUGGGCUGGAUCACAGCCCACGUCCUGAAACAAGCAGUGCUCCCAGCAGCACAGCAGGCAGAGGACUCACUGGGGAGACCCCACUCUCCAGGAAUAGUAGAGCCCCUCAGGGCAGCUGCUGGGGAGGGGCCACAGGAUGCCCAGAAGAAGGGGUCUGCUCAGCCCAACUGCAGCGUGAAGGUGGAGCCUGAUGCGGAUGGGCAGGAAAUGGUACCUGGUAGUCCCUUAAAUCCAGCCCAGUCCCAAGAGGGGCCAGUUGGACAUGGGGAACCUGACUCCGCCUCCUUCCAUCCACCCAGGAUUCAGGAGGAGUGGGGGCUGCUGAAUCCGUCACAGAAGGAGCUGUACUGGGACGCCAUGCUGGAGAAGUACGGCUCAGUGGUCUCCCUGGCAGGGUUACCACCCCCUAGGCUUGAUGCAUCUGCGGAGUUGGAGCCAGGGGCACUGAGCGCAGGGACAGAGGACCCAGGAAGCCUCUGUCAGCGAGGUGAGAGUGAGGGUCCUCCAGGCUGCCCCGAGUCCCCGCUGUCCUGGGAGGGCCCGUCUGGGGCCACCGCAUUGGUCCCACCGCCACCUGUGCCGAGCACCGCGCGCAAGCCCUACACCUGUGAGCAGUGCGGCCGUGGUUUCGACUGGAAGUCGGUGUUCGUCAUCCACCACCGGACACACACCGGUGGGCAGGGUGCUCAGGCCUCAGCUCUGACCGUCGCGGGUGCUGAGAAGCCGCUGCAGAGUCCCCGGGAGCCAGGUGCCCUGCGCCACCCCCGGCGCACAGCCCCUCGGAACUACGCCUGCGAGGAGUGCGGGCGCAGCUUCAGUUGGAAGUCGCAGCUGGUCAUCCACCGCAAGAGCCACGUUGGCCAGCAGCGCCACUUCUGCGGUGACUGCGGCCGCGGCUUCGACUGGAAGUCCCAGCUAGUCAUCCACAGGAAGAGCCACCGGCUGGAGGCCCCGUGAGCGGCCGGAGAAGGCCCAUUCAUUCAUCUUAGCAAUCUUGUCCUCAGGACCUGGACGCAGCCUGGAAGACCAGGAGGCAGUAGAGGGCGCUGUAGUAAAUCAAGGUUCCCAGGAAGCCACCUGGGUGCAAGAAAAGAAGCUGCUCUUGCGCGCCCCCGCGCCCCUUCCCAUCUGAAGUGAGGCCUGGUAGAAUCCACCCUGACCAGUGGCUGAGGGGUGACUUUCAAGCUUGGGUCUCCCUAUCUGUGGUGCGAUGCAGGCUGACAACUUUUCCAAGCUCUGGGACCUCGUUAGCCUCAGGUAGAUGCUCAACAACUGCCUCUUCCCACCCUUCCUGAGACAGCAGAGUCCGGGGUGAACAUGUGGGAGAUGCAGAAAGCCCAGGAGAGCAGUGGCCUACUUCUGUUUGCAAGCAGAGAGAAAACUAAUGGUCCUUCAUAUGUGUUGUAGAUUUUUAACGAAUCCCACUUUUAUGGUAGGGAAGUUUCUGUGUAACAACUCUGAUUUCUGGCCUCUGCUGGUCAGAUCAGCCGUUCCGCUCCUCCUGCCUGGCAGCUGGGGCCACUGAGUAGCAAACCCAUGAGAAGGUCCAGCGGUUCUGGUCCCCGGCCCACCUUGUUCCUAUACUGCACACGUCAGUCUCCUAGCCUUGUUGUCCUUUGAGCUCUUGAGUCCCAGCUUGAGUGGACACUAAGGGACUUACAUUUUAAGCAUGGGUAGACAAGGGUGGCCCCACGAAAAUGGGACACAAACAUGUGACUUAGGCCAUGCACACCUGCAGGUCAGGACUGUGUCCCCACGGCCCACACAGUAGGUCAGUGGAUCACAAAGUUAGAGAAAAAAGGAUUAACUGCCUGCUGUGUAUGGAGGUAUGUCUGGAUUCCUAGGCAGACAUUUGGGACUUUGUUCAAUACACUGUGUUAGUUUCCUGUUGUUGCUGUAACAAACUUGGUGGCUUGAAACAACACGCAUUUAUUCUCUCA